CUUUUUCCGUUUCGCCAUUUUCCUCCUCUACACCGGUGAUCUUCCUGGCAGCUACGUCGUCGCCCACUUUUCUUAAGUGUUUUAUUUAGCCUGCCCGGCGCUGACGGUGGGAAACGGGGCAACGUCCGAGUACGAAGAUAAUUUACCCUGCCUUUGUAGCUGUAUCGCCCCGAGAAGAGUGCGAGAAUGUCGUCCGAGGAGAGCCCCGAGUACUCGCCUUUCUUCGCUGUGAUGGGAGCCUCUGCGGCCAUGGUGUUCAGCGCAUUAGGAGCGGCGUAUGGGACAGCGAAGAGCGGCACGGGCAUCGCCGCCAUGUCUGUGAUGAGGCCUGAGCUCAUCAUGAAGUCCAUCAUCCCCGUGGUCAUGGCUGGUAUCAUCGCCAUCUACGGGCUGGUGGGCGUGCUGAUCGCAAACAACAUCUCUGAGAGAGUCACUCUUUACAAGAGUUUCUUGCACCUCGGUGCUGGGCUGAGCGUGGGCCUGAGCGGUCUGGCGGCCGGGUUCGCCAUCGGCAUAGUGGGUGACGCUGGUGUGAGGGGCACCGCCCAGCAGCCCCGGCUCUUCGUGGGCAUGAUCUUGAUCCUGAUCUUUGCCGAGGUGCUGGGGCUCUACGGCCUCAUCGUGGCCCUCAUCCUAUCCACAAAAUAAGUGUGUGCAUCAAACACCAUCUCAUUCAUUCCACAUCGAAGCAGCAAGAACAAAUAGGAGAUUUUCACCAACUUCCAUUACACCCCGACGCUCUGACAGGACGGGAUGGCAACAGAAACAUGCUGGCGGUCUGAUUGACAGCCGUGUCCUCGGUAGAUGUGAUCCUUCUAUAUUGUUUAAAGCCAUCCAGUUGUGUCAGGUGUUGUGCGUACAGAACGGGCAUGAAGAUGUAGUGGUUGUUGUGGGAUGAUGUGUGGACAGUCUGCUUGAUUUGUUGUCUGAUCUUAACCUGUACAGUGAUCCAGAGUCCCUCCACCCCCUGUAAAUGUAGUAACCAGUCUGUGCUGUGAGUGUUAAUAUCAACGUUUACCCCCCAGCCCAUCCCCCUCCUCUUCUGGUUUUUGUUUUCCGUUGGUGGUUUUGAUCGUUCUCAGUUUGAAACUGCUGAAAAAUCGUGCACAUUAGUGUUUUAUUUUUUCAUGUUCUGUUCGGGGACCAUUUUUGAAUCAUGGCGAUGAGGAGCUGAUGAGACGUAAUUUUUAUUUAACUAUUUAUGGAAAGUUGAAGAUUAUGACUUAAUGAAACUGUCUAAAUGGAAUAAUACUGUUUAUGGAAUACCCUAUAUACAUCAAAAUAUAUAAAUUAUCUGUGUAUAGUUAGUUAAUUGCACUGUGGGUAAUUGUUCAAAGUGCUUGGAAUUCCUCUGGAUGUAGUGUGAUUAUUAAUGGAGGAUGUCCACAUGUUGACAUGGGGUUGACAGUGUGUGUGUGUGUGUGGUGUGUGUGAAGGACCUGAGUGUGUGUGAGUGGGUUUAUGUUUAAUAUGACAUUCUCAAACACUAGUAUCGUUUACCUGUAGUGCUGCUGUCUUGAGUUUCUGUUUGUUUGUUUUGAAGGUGAGAGCUCACUGUUCAGCCAUGCCUGUCAGAUUUCCAAAUAAAACUCAACCUCCUCCAGAA